CUAGAAAUUAGGAAGAUUUGUGUCAUCAGAAAAGUAUUGGUUAUGUCAUAAAAAUUUAACGUUAUUUGAUUCAGUUGUUUUCUAAAUCCAGCUUUUAAAUGAAAUUACAAAAUAAAACUUUAAAAUAUUAUUUGGAUAAGUGGCCAGGAAAACGUACACUCGGAAUUUAUCGAUUUUUACCCCUAUUUUUUGUACUUGGAGCUGCAUUAGAAUUUUCUAUGAUCAAUUGGCAUGUUGGAGAAACAAAUUUCUAUAGAACAUUUAAAAAACGACAAGUAAAAGAAAUAAUUGAAGAAAAAUUGCACGCAAACGUAGAACGGCAGAAUUAAAAUGCCUGCUGGAGUAUCUUGGCCUACGUAUUUAAAAUUUUUCGCCGCCGCUAUGU